UGUAUAGAAGAAUUUUUAGGAACACAAGUUAUCACAACGAAAAUGUUUAUGUUUUGGCCAAAUGCUACGGUACCUUUCUUCAUAAAUCCCGACCAUUUUGAUCACGAACAAGCAAUGGCGAUUAUGACGUCACUAUCCCUGUUUGCGUUUAAGACAUGUUUGAAAUUCGCGCCAGUAAUGGCCGCGCCCACAAAUAAUCAACAUGUUAUGGUAUUCGUCAAUCCGGAUGGCGUACGACGAUGUAAAAUUGAAACACAGGGACAUUCAAUUUUCACACCACAUUUUGUUCAUAUUGGAUACGAUUGUCUCCAGUCUCCUCAAAUCGACAUGUAUGUCAUGAGAGCUCUAGGAUUCCCCUUCGAGCACAAUCGAAUGAGCCGAGAUGUCUAUAUCGAUGUUAUGAUCGAGAAUAUCGAACCCAGUGCCAUCGGUUUAUUUACCAAGGAGAGUGUGCUUCCACCGGCACUGCGAUCAAUGCCGUACGAUGUUAACAGCGUAAUGCACUUUGGCGAAAGAGAAUUCAGCAAAAAUGGACAUAGAACUAUUAUUAUUAAAAACCCGAAUGUCAGACAAAACCGUGUCGGCCUCUCAUCAACCGACAUCCGUAAAAUCGAAAUGGUUUACGGUACGGAAUGCCGAAACAGGGACCGUCAGGAAAAAAUCGAACUCUGUCAGUCAUACCCGGGUGUGGCGAGACGAAAACGGGAAAUCCACCCUUCAGAACUUCGUAGUCUGAGGGUGAACCCGGAUAUCACACCACCAACCUCACCUACCGUGCCAACUGGACCAGAACCAGAACCUUUAGGAGAAACUAUUGUAGAUACAACGUACAUCACAGAGAAUUUAAAAGCUCUAGGCAUUGAAGAAGAGGCACAAGAUAUAAUAGAACAAGUCUAUAAAGUUUCAGCUCUGGCAUUAAAACAUGCAAGAGAAAAAUAUUGCAACGUAUCCUCAAAUGCCACCACAAUAGUCGACUUAAAAUUUGAAAGCCCGAAAAACAGAGGCAACAGCUCCGAUUUACUAGGUAUACUAGAAAUCAUAGCGGAUUACGCGAAAUCAAUGAUCGAUGAUGCUGUAUCAAAUCUAGUAGUCUUCUGUGAGAAUUCUGAUUCCAUGGCUAUGUAUCAACGCCAGAAGAAAUGGUGCGGGGGUCCUGAUCAGAGUCGUUGUCCAAAGAGUUUUAAGUCAACGAAGUUUGGUCCAGUGAGGUACUCGACGCAGCAUCGUCCUGUUUACAAGCAACCUACGAGACACGAGGGAUCGGGCAACAAAUAUUCGUAUGACAAAUCUUGGAGAGUUGGUAUCACUGAGAGUUUAAGUCCUAAUACUACUUCAACUGACAAUAGUACUGCUACAACUGCUUCACUACCUUCAACUAGAAGAAAAAGAGAAGCUACAGAGUCAGCAGAAGCUAAAGAAAAGAAGGUCAAAGAAAAGAAGAUUUUGAAAGAGAAGGUUAAGCCGCAGAAAGAGAAAGAAGUAAAAAAGGAAGAUAUGGGUUUGAAAGCUGGCAAGAAUGGGAAUGGAUCUUUAGCGCUUGCCUUGAAUGCUACCAGAAGAUUCUUUCAAGAAAAAAGAUAUAAGGUAAAAAGCCCGCGACCAGAAUGGGAUGGAACAAGUGCAUUUAACGAUAAAGAAAAACAGAUGCAAAGCGCGUUCCUCAAGAGAGAACAAGAGAUAGAAGCAGCAAGACAGAGAGAGAGGGAGAGAGAGAAGCUACAAGAAUUACAAAUGGAAGCUGACAAUGAAAGGGAACAGCAAGCAUUAGCUAAAGAAAUAAUGGGACCACAACAUACUGGGAAGAAGAGACACGAGCGUCCCGAAGCAGAUGAAAUUUUAAACUCAGGCUCCGAUGAAAAAGUAGAUAAAGACGAAACUGACAAAUCCAAAGAGAGCAAAGAAAGCAAAUACAGCAAAGAAAGCAAGGAAAGUAAAGAAAGCAAAGAAAGCAGAGAGAGUAAAGAAAGCAAAGAGAGCAAAGACAGCAAAGACAGCAAAGACAGCAAAGACAGUAAAGACAGUAAAGACAGCAAGGACAGCAAGGAAAGCAAAGAGAGUAAAGAAAGCAAAGAACCAGAAGGAUUGGAGAUUGAUCAAAGUGUAGAUGAGAGACCGGCUGCGAAAGAAAUACAAUCAGAGAUUGAAAUUAAACAGCAGAGGCAUAAGGAAAAACCGAUUGAAACUCAAGUCUUAAGCGUUGAAGAAAACCAGACGGAGGAAAAAGUGUCAGACAAGAAAAAAGCCAAAGAAAUGAAAGAUAGGAAGCGGUCUCGCGGCUCGCUGCCGAAGAUUGUGAAACUCAACAAAUUGAACGAAGAGUUCUAUAACGAGAGGCGAUGGCCAGAUGGUCAGGUCGUAUACGUGCUGAAGCCUAGCAAAGAAUAUGACUUAGAUGAUCUCCGAGAGAGGCUCGCAGAAGUAAAUAGAAUUUUAGAGAAGAAGACUUGUACCCGAUUACGAGAGGUUGGCGCUAAGGAGGCAGACGGGUUUGAAGACUAUCUGUAUAUAGAUACCAGCCCCGAUUACGUCACGGGACGUGUUGGCGGGAAACAGGUAAGUUUUUGGCGUUAGUGACGUUUCUAUUCAUUAUAUUGGGUGAAUAGAGUUGGAAAUUUUGUUUGGUGAUUGCGCAAUUGUAAAAAUGAACCCCAUUGGGCUAUAAUAAUGGACAGUUUUAUUAAUUUCACAACAUUAUAAAUGAUAGUCUUCGGGCCACACCCGAGUGACAUUACAUUUUUAUUUAAUUUUGUACCUUUGAGGAAUUUCACCCUUCCAUCGCGGGGGAUUUCACAAACAUUCAAGUCACAUACACAAGUCAAAUACCCAGACUCAGAACAAGCAUUCGUGGUUCAAACAAAAAUGUAAGCUAGGAUAGAAUCCGCGAAACGUCGCAUAGUUGGUUUAUCGU